CAAAGUCUCGCGUGAUUUGAGCGUAACGCUCGUUAGCUAACAGUUUCUGCCGCUCGUUAGCCAGGCUAACUUACCGUUAAAGCUCGGAUGUCUUUAAAAACUGCCAUUUAAGACAGUUGAGGAAUCAAUUCGAAUACAUUAAAUGUGGCGUGACACAGUUACUCGAACACACUGCCUCUUGUAAAGGCACGGUGUGUACGCGAGCGUUGCUAGCUGCUACCUAGCUAGGCUGUAGCUAGGUUGCUAACAUCCGCUUCGGUGCGUACAGUAAAACCAGGAAGGAGGGACCAGACGACCAGACAGCUUGGCCUCAAAGGCUGCUCCGCGUCUGCCAACGGUUAUUAACAAAAACGAUCCUCGUCCGGUCUUGUGACUACGGCGAAAAGGAAAGAAAAAGUUUUACGGGCUUAAGUGCAAAGAUGUCAAAGGCUCCAGGAUCUCCAGCUCGGUCCCGUUCCAGAUCAAGGUCCAGAUCCAGAUCUUACUCCAGAUCUCACUCCAGAAGCCGCUCUCGUUCAAGAUCCAGAAAACGUCGCUAUAGUUCUAGGUCUCGUUCCCGCUCUCGUUCUCACUCUCCGUCCUACAGAAACUAUCCUACCAGGGACUAUCAGAACAACAGAGGAGGGUUCAGAGGCUACAACCGUGGCUACCGGAGGCCCUUCCACUACCGUGGUAGAAACCGAGGCUAUUACCAACGCGGCCAUUACCAGAACAGGGGAGGAGGUGGCGGCUAUGGCUACAAGUCCAAUUGGCAGGGUGGUGGUGGUGGUGGUGGUGGUGGAGGAGGAGGCUGGCACGAUCGCCACCAUGACCAGGACCACCACUCACACAGCCCCAGGAGGGGGCGCUCACGUUCACGCACACCUAAGAAGCGCUCAGGCAGCCGGAGUCGCUCCCGCUACUCUGACCGCUCGUCUUCAAGGGGGUCUCGACGCUCCAGGCACUCCAGCUACUCCUCACGGUCCCGGUCUUCUUCACCACGUCAUCGCAGCAGCAAGGGCAAGCCUGGCCACAAAGAAACAAAGGACAAGUUAGCAGAAGUUCAAACAGAGAAGCCAGGUCAGGUAGCAGAAGGCAGCGCCAUCGAGAAGGUGUCGGGAGGUAAAUGGAUUGACUACGACACCAGUCCUAAACGAACCAGCCCGGACAUUAAGAAGGAGGAUCCUUCUGAUGAUGGCAAAGGGCCCGGGAGCGGCGGUCCUCUGUGGAAAACCAUCGGCAGCGUGUCCCCUCCAGCAAAGAGCCCCACAAUGUCGGGACAAACCGCCUCCUUCAGCGGCUUCGGCUUCUUCUCCAAGGAAGAUGCCAAAAGCGGAGAUAAAACUAUGAUCUCUGCCGCCUUCAAAAAGUUCUUGGCUGAGAAUAAAAACAAAAAACAGGCUGCUGAAAAGGAGCAGGGCACCGUGGACAGAGAGCGGGAGAAGGGUGGCAAGUCUGGAGACCUUUUCAACAUCUCGUCUUUCAAUGAAUCCAAGGAAGACAAGACCCUGCCUUUCUUUGACGCUGGAGAAGAGGAGUUCCUCAAGUCUCAUGGGCUGAAAGAGAGGGACAUGGAGGAGGAUGGCGAGGUCAAAACCACCCUCACUGCUCGGGACAUUUUUGGGAAAUGGGGUGACGAGCCGAGCUAUCCGACGUCCUACCCGUCGCUUAAAGAGAAAAACCGGAGAGAGGCUGAGGAGGCAGAACCCAUAGAUGACAUGGAGGAGGAGCUGUACCGAAGCCGCAAGCACAGCUCCAAGAAAGAGGAGAAGUCCAAGAAGAAGGAGAAGAAAGAGAAAGAGAAGUCCAGAAGGAGUCAGUCUCCCCCCACAACUUCCAGAGAGAAGGAGCGGCCGCUGUUCCCCGGAGCGUUCCCUCCACGCGAUGAGUCACCUGUACGACGGCUGUCCUCAUCAAGGGAGGAAUUUGAACACAAAAUCGGUUCUUUAGAUGAAAUGCCAAGCUCUUCUCUGCUCAAUCCCACUAAGAAAGAUCCAGAGUUUCGUUCCAUUUUCCAGCACAUUCAGUCAGCACAGCUCCGUCGCAGCCCCUCUGAGCUGUUUGCUCAGCACAUAGUCUCGAUUGUCCACUACAUCAAAGCUCAACACUUCCAAUCCUCAAACAUGACAUUAAGUGAGCGGUUUGCCUUGUACCAAAGAAAAGCUGCAGAGGUAGAAAUGAGGAAGCCAAGGAAGAGCCCAGAAAUCCACAGGAGAAUCGAUGUUUCCCCCAGUGCCUUUAAGAGGCACUCUCAGCUGUUUGACGAUAUGGACGAGACGAGCUACAAGGAUCCAAGUCAAAAGUACAAAGGCGACGUGAUGGACCUGCGCCUGGAUAUUGAAAGGCGUAAGAGGUUUGCUGGGAAGGAGCGAGACUUCAAGCGUGAAGGGGGCAGGAGCCCCGGAGGCUCCCGAGGGCCGAGCAGAGAGAGGUCCUCUGAGAAAUCUGGGAAACACCACAAGAAAUCCAAGAAGGGUAAAAAGAAGCGGGAUCGCUCUCCUUCCUCCUCCUCCUCCUCCUCCUCACCAUCCCCUUACCCUCCACUAUUCAGAGGUAAAGAGUACAUGGGGGAGGGGAUGGAGCACUCGGAGGAGGGCUACACUCACUCCCGCUACCCACCACGGGAAUACAGCGGGCCCCCAGACAGAGCCCCUCGAGAUUACGAGGGCCACAACCCAGAGCGAGGCCGAGGCCGUGGAUUUUUCCCCAGAGUGAGAGGCAGAGGAUGGAACAGGGGCAAUUAUCCAGGCAACAACAGCAAUGGAAACCCUGCCAAUAUAAAUCCUGCAGUGCGCCCUCCAGAGGAGGAGUGGGACCCUGAAUACACUCCCAAGAGCAGGAAGUAUUACCUGCACGAUGACCGCGAUGGCGAGAAAGCCUGGAUGGACACCCGUGGAAGAGGCCGCGGCGGCUCCUUCCCGGCUCGCCGAGGACGCUUCGUCUACCGUAAAGGAGGCAGCAGUCCGAAGUGGACCCACGACAUGUUUCAGGGGGGAGAGGAAGGAGGGAUGGGUGACGACAACAUGGAAGUAGAACGUAAAGAGCCCAAGAAUCCUGGCGACCCCUCCGCCCUGAAGCCGUAAACCACUCGCUGUAUCAUCUUGAUGUUCAUGAACGCUUACAGUGCUGUUGAAGGGGUCGGCCUUUGUUUCCCUUCAGUCAUUUCAUGUUUUCUGACAGUUAAAGUGAUGCAGAACUGACUUGAUGAAGAGGUGCACUGUUGUUACUUUUGUACGUGAGAUUUAGUUUCAGAGAGUUUUCCUUUUUUAUGUGACAGUGAGUUUUCCUUUUGCAGCUGGUCGACUUCAUUGUGUCUUUUUUAAGGGAGAGAAAAAUACAGAGGCAUCAAAGUUCAAAGAUUAAUAUUCUCGGAAAGUACGAGGAAAAAAAAAAGUAUUUGUGCCUUAGAAAAUAAUGAUACAGUGAAAUGUUCGAAGGCACGGUCCCCGUUCUGAGACCUGAAACUGUCUGUGUAGGGCAGCAUUAGACGAUGUCCAUUUCAUUGUUCCUGUUUCUUACUGUUUGGUUUUUGGGGCUGUGAUAAAUCUUUAAUGUUACUGCAUGCAAUGUUUGAUUCAUACCUCGCUCCACGGGACCAAUCAGUCGUGGGCUCAGGGCUCCCGAUCGUCAAAUUAUCUCACAAGAAAGUCUGUCGAACCCCCUGAACGGUUGGUGUUUGUCACUAAUAACAUCUGAGUUUUUUUCAUCUCAUGAGGAAGUGAACACAUUUUUAUGUGUGUGUGUGGGUGUAAAUUGUAAAGAAUUGGCACCAGAAACACUUGUAGGCUCCGUUUCUCUGUCAUAUCAUUUAGAUUUUUUAAUAAGAAAUAGGAUAAUUAUAACACCUAAAUUAUUGUAAUCUUAACAUCUGGGGAACAGAGCUGAUUAACGUCUGUUUUUUUAGUAGAACAGUAGUUAUCCUCUCUCAAAAAAGCACAGCAGUGUUGUCUUCUGCGAGAGAGCCUGAACCCUUAAGAUUUGUGACAAAAGUGUGUAUUUUUAAAAAGAGUUGCCACAAACUAGCAGAACUAGUUGUGCGACUCUCACUGUGCUGCUUCGUCCCACUCUCGACUGUACAUACUGCAUGUACCGAACAGACCUGUAGGACUGACAUCUUCUUUUUGUUUUAAUCUGAAGCUGAAAACUUUUUUUUACUGUCCUCAAGAACUUUGAAGUCUUUUAAUUUUCAGUAGUUUUUUUUUCUUGGAUUUGGGGCGAUGUGAUCUGUGAGUGUGUGUGUUUCUCUGAGAUCUGCAGAUGAUCAGACUGUGGAGAUGUUAGAUGGCCACUGUGUUGAAUGGUUUGUGAUUCACAUUGUUGUUUGGGGUUCUCAUAUACCCAGCUGCAGUCUGUGUAAAAAAAAAAAAAUACUCAUAAUUUUUUUCCUCUGAUCUUAUUAAAAGCCAGUAUGUAUAAAAGAUAAAAGUUUUGUGUUGGUAACUUC